UGCACAGCACUUGAAUCCAAGCACGCCCUGCAACGUUCCACGUGUGGUGCAUGCGCCAUCUGGUGGUAGGGACACGCAAUGGAACUUCAUUUGUUUGAAAAGGUUCCAGUUGCGCGAAUUCUGAAAGCGUGAAAGAACCGUUCAGACUAGACCCGUUCAGAGGGUACUGACUGAUACGUUGAUGGUGAUUGAAACGCCAUGGAAGACGCUGGAUCAGACAUCAAUGCACACAGAUCAGCAAUCAUAUCCGAGCUAAAUAACAUCCAAAACACCACCCAGAACCUAGUAAAGGACCUACAGGCAUUGGUAGCCCUGACUGACCCAGAGGGAGGCAAAUUAAUCCAGUCUCAAGAUAAAGCCCUGAGCUCUUUGGAGGUCUGGAAGUCCAUGUUUGCAGCAGCUGCACCACAUACAGAGUAGAGACACCACUGCAAUGAGCGACAAAGAUGACGGAGAUGCCAGACGGGUAGUGCCCGGCAAGGCCACAGACUGCGACAGCACGGUGCUCUCAGACACCAUCUCCCUGAGCGACUCCGACCCCGAGGACUCCACGGCCCCCUACGACCCUGAAGUGGAAGACUUAUCCUCGGACGAGUCCUCGGAUGGGGACUGCGGCUCCGUACCCCUUGGAUCUGCAUCCGCAGGUACGAAGGAGCCUUUCCAGCUGAAAGGUACCAGCUCGGGCUUCUCCUUCCGCAGCCAGAGCAUAUUCGACAGCCUGGGAGCCGCCGGCAAACGUGCAGCGCCUUCCCUGGGGGACGAUGACCUCAGCGAUGGCCCCUUCGUGCGCCCCCUACCCCCGCUGGCCAAGAAGAAGGAUGCGGAACACGGGGCUCCCAAGCCUCUCUCCAGGGCCGUGCCAGACUAUCUGGCCCACCCAGAGCGCUGGACCAAGUACAGCCUUGAAGACGUGCCGGAAACCAGCAAUCAGCGGAACACCGCGGUGGCCCAGGAGUUCAUGGGCAGCCUGCAGAAGAGGAAAGGAGAGUCGAUGGACACUCGGGAGUCCUUCUCUCCAGCCUUCAACCAGGAGAACUCCAGCAGCGCGUCGGGCUGCAGGAUUGUCUUCUCCAAGCCCAGCAGAGCUGUCGACGCUGCAGAGAAGCAGGAGGAGGAGUGCGAGGGCAAGGAAAGGGGCCGAGAGGACUCGGUAAAGAAGGUGGGUCUGCUACACCUGAAGGAGCUGGAGGAUGAAGUGAAAGCAGACCUGAAGAGGAAGAGGGCCGAUGAGGGGGAGGGAGCGGGGGGGCUGGCGGCAGCGGUGGGAUUUCACAGCAGCCGGAAAAUCAACAGGAAGAACAUCCGAAAGACUGUGGAGAACCAGAAGGAGGAUGACUAGAUACCCACGAGUCUUCUGUCAGCCGCGAAGAGGGAUUGGAGAGGGGGGGAGAGGGUUGAGGGAGAGGUCUUUUACUAGCUUGCUUUUUUUUUCUUUCAAUUGCAAGGAAUGACUGUCCAAAUUUUGUUUUGGAAUACAUGCUUCUGUUGCCCUCCAAACAUUGUUGUUCCGUUCAUCAUUGCAACAGUCUGUUCAGGCCAGUAUGUAAAAUGUAUCAUCAAGUCUCACGAGUCACAAGCAACAUGCAUAUCCCCUUCGCUCACAGUUUUAAUUACAUUUUUUAAGACUUUUUUUUUUGCGUGACCUCUGGAAUUUGAAAAGUUGCCCUGUUGAAACCAGAUAUGCAUUAUACAAUAGAUACUGUAGGAAACUUUAGCCUGGUUAGCAGUAGCUUUAGAACAAUGAAAUGCAGGGUAAUAAUACCAAUAGGUGGCCCCUACCAUAGAAUAUAUGUCUGCUAGCUGUCUUCUUCUUUAUUUUUGAAUGUGUUUCAAAGAUCUUCUGUCAUUUCUUUAAUGUGCAGAUCAUGCAAGGUGAGGUUUCCUGCAGCUUGAAACGCUGUAUUUGUAAUAAAUUGCAUUGUAUUCAGAUCUGUAUAUGAAGAACAUUCAUACUUUUACAAUGCUGCAGAAACAUGUGAAACUGUUUUGUUUGUUUGCUAUUAGUAAUAUGUUUGGAUAGAUGAUUGUGAUUAAAAAAAGAAAUACAUUGGAAUCGUACAGUAUUGUUGAACAAUAAAUCGAUUUUAGAAGAUUA